AUGGAACUGCGGAGGCUUUACUGUCUCAUCCUCAACACACCGUUACUGCUGUACGGAGAGGCUGCCUUCACUGAAGUGCCCACAGAUGUGAGUGUGUGUGAGGGUGAGGACGUGGAGAUGCCAUGUGCAUUUCGUGCCGUUGGUGUGUCUCCGUUUGCUCUAGAGAUUCAGUGGUGGUACCUAAAGGAGGUGACCCCACGGGACACACAUGACUCUCACUCGGGCAACCGAGCCAAGGUUGCUCCAAGAGACGCCACUAAGAUCAGUACGGUGCGUGUGCAGGGAAAUGCCAUCUCCCACAAGCUCAGCCUGUCCCAGGUGGGGAAGGAAGAUGAGGGUGUGUAUGAGUGUCGUGUGUCAGAUUUAUACUCGGAUGACACACAGGACUUUAAAGUGCAGGCAACACUUCGUGUGGCACCGCGGGAUAGCAUGCUUGCAGAGGAGGCUGUGUCUCAUAUCCAAAACCGCUGGACAUUAAAGAGUGCAGCACGAGCCACUAAUGAACCGGAUCAGGGAAAAAGCCACGCAGUCCCUCCAUCAUCAUCAACCCUCACCACAGCCUCAUCACACACUGCUAACGCCUCCAACAGACAGCAGCAUGAGACCGGUUCUGUUGCUAUGGUGACUGUGGAACCGCUGAUGUGCAUCAUGCUGCUGAUCUGUUACACACUCUUUUGAAUGAAAAUAACAACAGAAUACCAGAACCAAUCCUUUAUCCACCAAACACCGGGAUAUCAAUAACCACACAAACAGACCAAUAAAUAUGAUACGUUCACUGUUUCAGCGCGUUAAAGACGACUCACAGCAGAGCAAAAAGAAAUGAAAGAAAAAGAACAACUGGAAAAAUCUUUUAUUUUUACAGUUUGAUGAUAAAAUGAUAACCAUAUGAGACGCAUGAAAAAAAACUAAUAUAUAUAUAUAUAUG